GGCUGUCACGCAGCCGGACGGGUCGCCGCCGCCACCGCCUCCCACUUUGCGGUCCGGACACCCCCCCUCACACCCCCAGGGCCGCCCCGUAGAGGCGGGCGGCGCUCCCCGAACCCCCGCAGCGGUGCGGUGCGAGAAGAGCCGGGUCGGGGCAGGUCAGGCGCCGCUGCGACCGCAUUCUUGCGAAAAAGUAAACAGCGUUCCCAGAGCGGAUAAACACGGCGGCCGGCCCCGAGCCCCCCCCUCCCCUCUCCCAGCCCCGCGGCACUCACGCCAGGACGCGGGGACACUGCAGCUGCCCCCAGGCGCACGGCUGGAAGUCGGCCUUAACGAAGCUCUCCACGCCGUCCUCCACCACGCAGCUCACCGUGCGCGUCACCACGAAGGCGCACCAGUUCCUGCGGGGAGGGGGUCGGCAGCGUAACGGCACCCCCGGGCUCCCUCCGCACCACCCCCCCUCCGCGUCUCCCGUUUCCUCCCCCUCCGCCCGGUAGCGCCGUCACGGCCCGGUGCUGCGGGUUAAUGGGCCGCAUCCCGCCCCGCCGACGCCCUCUCCCGCCGGUGCCAGCCCCGCAGCCCCGAGGGCGCACCGCAGCCGCGCUGGCGGCCUCGUGCGGGGUCGGGGAUGGGGAGGCGGAGCGGUCCGACCCCGACGUGCCCCCAGGAUGGUGACGGACGUGCAGCUCGCCAUCUUCGCCAACAUGCUGGGCGUGUCGCUCUUCCUGCUCGUCGUGCUCUACCACUACGUGGCCGUUAACAACCCCAAGCGGCAGGAGUGAGGCGGGAGUGAGCCCCGAGAGGCACCGGGCUGCGCUGCACAGAGCCGCACCACCCGGAGCAGCACCACACCAUGGCGGCUGCGGAAGCCCCCCCAUACCCUCACCCCGUGCCACCCCUCACCGCCGUGCCGGCUCUGAGCGGGCUUUGACAGAAACACGAUAUGAGACAAAA